AUGUUGAUGAUAGAAGUUGGUAACAAUCAUUUAGUGGGAACUAUAAGGGAGCUCAUUCGUUUUGAUGUUAGCUUUCCAUCUCUUCGCAACUUGUACUUGAAUAAUAACUAUUUGAGUGGAGACAUCCCUGCUCAGCUAUCUAACCUUACGAGCUUAGAGAUUGUGUACCUAUCUUACAAUAAGCUAAUCAGAAACAUUCCUUUUGCCAUUGCUCAUACUCCUAAGUUGACAUUCUUGUAUCUUGAUCACAACCAGUUUACUGGGAGAAUCCCAGAUGUAUUCUACAAGCAUCCUUUCCUCAAAGAAAUGUACAUUGAAGGAAACAUGUUUAAACAAGGUGCUAACCCAAUUGGCACUCACAUAGUUCUAAAAACACAAUUCUACUAA